UUUCAAAAUUAUUUCAUUUCAAGAUUUUCCAUGUCUUUUAAAAUCAUUUCUUUCUUGAUGUCUUCUGCCUAUUACUAUGAGUCAAAAUUAACGAAUCUCACAUAAAAGAAAAGUCAUCAAAUGUGCACUUGGUCUUGGGAUAAUGCCUGCAAAUUCUUUGAAGCCCACCUGGCUACUUGUGAGCAAAACUUAUUAUACCAAGUACCUCGGUGUGCAUAUUUGAAACCUUUCCUGGGUAUUGUCUGAUCUUUAAACAAAUCCACGUUAAGAACUUUGGGAGCGCUCAACUGUUCUUUCAAGAAAAAGUAAAUUCUAGGACUAAGGCAGUAAGGCUUGUAGAGCUAUGGCUGCUUCAACCGGAUUGGGGCUACCCUGGACAUCGAAUUUGACCCUCAACCGUAUGUCGACUUUGGUGGCGCCACCAUCUUGCCGUGGUCGUCGGUUUUCCUCUUGUUUGCCACCCGCCGCCACCAGAAUGGCGGUGUCAUCAGUUCAUGAGAAGCAGAAAAGUUAUACACUGCAGAAAUCUGAAGAAGCUUUCAAUAAAGCAAAGGAGUUGAUGCCCGGAGGUGUAAAUUCGCCUGUACGUGCUUUCAAAUCUGUUGGUGGGCAGCCUAUUUUGAUUGAUUCUGUGAAGGGCUCGUAUAUGUGGGACAUAGAUGGAAAUAAAUAUAUUGACUAUGUAGGUUCUUGGGGACCAGCGAUCAUUGGCCAUGCAGAUGAUGAGGUACUGGCAGCAUUGGGUAAAACAAUGAGGAAGGGAACAAGCUUUGGUGCUCCCUGUCUUCUCGAGAACACAUUGGCGGAGAUGGUCAUUGAUGCUGUUCCAUGCAUAGAAAUGGUUCGAUUUGUUAACUCAGGGACAGAGGCUUGCAUGGGUGUGCUGAGACUUGCUCGUGCUUUCACUGGGCGAGAAAAGCUAAUCAAAUUUGAGGGGUGUUACCAUGGGCAUGCGGAUCCAUUUCUUGUUAAAGCAGGCAGUGGGGUUGCCACCUUAGGGCUUCCUGACUCCCCUGGAGUUCCCAAAGCAGCCACUUCUGAAACACUCACUGCCCCAUAUAAUGAUAUUUCAGCUGUAGAAAGCCUCUUUCAGGCCAACAAAGGGGAAAUUGCAGCCGUUAUCCUGGAGCCCGUAGUUGGAAAUUCUGGUUUCAUUCAGCCCAAGCCCGAUUUCCUCAACGCAUUGCGCAGUUUGUCGAAAGACAACGGUGCCCUCCUUAUAUUUGAUGAAGUUAUGACCGGGUUCCGCUUGUCAUACGGUGGAGCCCAGGAGUACUUCGGCAUUACUCCUGAUUUGACAACACUUGGCAAGAUCAUUGGCGGUGGCCUCCCUGUAGGGGCAUAUGGUGGAAGGAGGGAGAUUAUGGAGAUGGUGGCACCUGCCGGACCUAUGUAUCAGGCUGGGACCUUGAGUGGAAACCCACUGGCAAUGACGGCAGGAAUCCACACACUAAAGCGGUUAAAGGUGCCAGGAAGCUACGAAUACUUGAAAAGCGUCACAGGUGAGCUACUUGAGGGGAUUUUGACGGCUGGAAGGAAUGCUGGUCAUGCAAUCUGUGGUGGGUACAUCAGUGGUAUGUUUGGUUUCUUUUUCACAGAUGGUCCAGUUUACAACUUUGAUGAUGCAAAAAAGAGUGACACUGCAAAGUUUGCAAGAUUCUAUAGAGGGAUGCUAGAGGAGGGUGUCUAUUUUGCACCUUCCCAAUUUGAAGCUGGAUUUACCAGCUUAGCACAUACCUCUGAAGAUAUUCAACAAACAAUAGCAGCUGCUGAGAGGGUUUUCCAGAAACUCUGAUUUUCUCUACUGAGCCCUUCUUUUCUAUAUCUCUUUUCAUUGAGGCAAUGAUAACGCUUUUGUUAGAGAGCUUUAUAUGUUUAUUUAGAGGGAACCACAUUCUUGUAUCACCUCUUCAUCGUGAAACCUCCUCUGUUACUAAUUCCCUGCCAAUGUAAACUUUUGUAAGAAUAAAUUGUCUUCACGGUUAAAAAUUAAGUUGAUCAGUUGUGAUUAUAAUGUAUUAAGUAUUAACUAUCAAGUCCGGUAGUUUUAAAUAGUUGCAUCGACCAGCUUGUGUGAUGGUACGUCGAAAUAGUUUUGGGGUUGCCCUCCAUGGAUGGUCUAGAGUCUAGAUGAGUUGUUGCGCCAUGAGAGAUCUAUGCUCUUACUUCAAACUUUAAAGAACUGCUCGGUCUAUAUGAAACGGGCCAACGAAAAAGUCAUGAUGCCACAUACCCCUUUUGUAAGACUUUUUGUAAGAGUUUUUGUAUCUCUAAACACCAUUAAAUAAGUAAUCCUACUGUAAAUGUGAUAUGAUGUGUUAAAUAAUGUCAUGAUGCCACAUACCCCUUUUGUAAGACUUUUUGUAAGAGUUUUGUAUCUCUAAACACCAUUAAAUAAGUAAUCCUAUUGUAUAAAAUUUGGAAUGUCCAAACACCAUUAACUUAAGUUACUUAACCAUUAGAAAAUCAAAUGUGAACUUUUAAAUCAAAAGUCAAAGAUCCACAUGAAAAUUUGGCAGUGUUUAUAGAAUAAGCAAGUCAAACUCUAAUUAUUUGAUUUGUUCUUAUUAGAUAGUAAUUAUAC